AUGGCAACAAGCCAUAAAAACUAUGGACCUACUCCAGAACAGUACAGAAAUAUUUGUAGACUUACUCAUCAAUAUGAAUGUGGACUAGUUUGUGAUACCUUAUUACAACGACUAGGUGAUGACGGUAAAUAUUGGAGACAUAUUUACAAGUCAUUGUUACUAAUUUAUUAUAUAAUAAUAAAUGGAACACCAGAAGCUGUUGAGAGAUUCAAAAGAAGGCAAAUUGAAAUUAAAACACUUCAUUCAUUCCAAAAAAUAAAAGAGUCAACUGGACAAGAUGUUGGAAUUAAUGUUAGAGAACGUUCAAAAGCUAUUACUGAUUUACUUAGUGAUGAUGAGGCACUUGAGACUAAAAGGAGUAUGUCAGAAAAAGAAAAACAAAACAUAUUUGGAGAGGCAUAUUCAUCUGAUUACAAAACGUCUAUGACUGAAACUCAUGAAACUAGAAAGAAAGUUGAACUAAAAUCAAUUGUUCUAAAAGAGAAUGUAUCUGGUGAGUCUGAAAGUUCUUCAGAAUCAUUAGACAAACCAGAGGUAUCUCCUCGUUAUCAACAAACACAUAAAAACGUAUUUGAUAUGUUAGAAGAACAGCCGCGCAAUGGCAAUACAACUAUUGUCCCUGAAAAAAAGAGUAAUACCAUUUCUCAACAAACAAAAACUGAACCAAUUUUAACUUCACAAACUAAUACUAAUCAAAAUUUAAAUAUAUUUGAUUUAUUAGGAGGUUGUAGUAGUACUAUUACCAUUCAACAACCUCAAAAUACUCAAUCUUAUCAACAACAACCUCAAAACAUUCAAUCUUAUCAACAACCUGUUGAUCCUUUUGCUUCAUUUGAUAAUUCUAAUAUUGCUACACCAAUUGUCUUACCAACUCAACAACAACCUAAAAGUAAUAAUGAAUUUGUUUUUAAUGAUGAGUCAUUAAAUGAAAAGAAGAGUUGGAAGACAGGUAUUGAUAUUAACUCUCUUACAUUGGACUCUCUUCAAGUCAAGUCCAAAGAACAAAAACAAACCCAACCUCAAGUCAAAAAAACAUUAGGACAGCUCUAA